ACAAAUCAUACUCAAGUCAUAUUUCUCGUAAUUCAACACGAUCUAAUAUAAAUGUAUAUGUUUUGAUCAUAUAUAUAUAUAUUGAAAAUGAAACAUAUGACGACGACAUUGGUGUAUCUUAACCUAGUAGUAAUAUUGACGUCGUUCUUGUUCAACGAUGUCAUGAUGACAUGCUGCAAUGGUCAGCAUGUCAUAGAGAAUGAACAUAAGCUUAGGGUUAUUGCAGCUAAGUACAACGUUACAUCCAUUAUAGUGUUUGGUGAUUCGAGUGUCGAUCCUGGUAACAACAACGAUCUUCCCGACACGUGGCAUAAAGGCAAUUUCUUGCCUUACGGGAAAGAUUUUGUUCGUUCAAUACCCACAGGAAGGUUCACAAAUGGCAGACUCGCCACUGAUUUCAUCGCUGCUGCUUUAGGUUAUAGAUCAGAAAUAAAAGCGUAUUUGGAUCGAAAUCUGAAGGAAGAAGACCUGGUGCAUGGUGUUAGUUUUGCAUCAGGCGGUUCUGGUUAUGAUGAUUUCACAGCCAGUAUUACUAAUGUUAUAUCUCUUAAAAAGCAAUUGAGCUACUUUAAGGAGUAUAAAAGUCGUCUAGCAAAGCUUGUUGGAGAAGAUGAUGCUCAUAAGAUUGUAGAGAAUGCGGUUUUCGUGUUAAGCAUGGGUACAAAUGACUUUUUACAGAACUAUUACGUUGAUCCUACUCGACCCAAGAUGUUUACCAUCACCCAAUACCAACGUUACCUAAUCAACUGCAUGGAAACUUAUGUCAAGGAAAUGCAUUCGGUUGGAGUAAGAAGAUUGGCAGUUGUUGGAAUGGAACCAUUUGGUUGCAUGCCUCUGAUAAAAACAUUAAAGAACAGUGCGGUUAAAUGCAGUGAAGAUAUGAACCAAGUGGCCAUCUCUUUCAACUCUUUAUUGAAAGCAAAGUUGUCGGCCCUCAAGGCAACAUUGGGCAUGAGAAUUGCCUUUGUUGAAAUAUAUGGUCUCAUUCAAAACAUUUUAAAACACCCAUCAAAAUAUGGUUUUAGAGAAACCGAAAAGGGUUGUUGUGGAUCUGGAUUAACAGAGUUUGGAACAGCCUUAAAGGGGUUGAGUAUGUGCACGGACCAUUCAAAAUACGUAUAUUGGGAUGCGGUCCAUUUCACAGAAAACAUGUAUUUUAUCAUCGCAGACGAGGCUGUAAAAUCUAUAAUCACAAGUCUUUAAUUAAUUAGCUCCAAACACAUUAUCCCACCAUCUAUCUCGUUUAUGCUGUGAUCGGGUACAACAACACAAUUAAGGGUCAAAAGUCACAUCCCACGAAUGUUGGUUUAUGAAUAUUUAUAAAAGCAACAGGGGCUUUCACUAUUAUCAGGCCCUCUAAUUACUCCAUUUCAGUAGUGUUAGGUGUAAUUUUGUUGUCUCGGUCAAUUUCUUCAUGUGUAUGUCGUUGAAGGUUUUACGUGUAAGCUUGCAAGUUAUCUUUAAAGUUACAAUUAAUUAGUAUAAUUAAAUGUAUGAAUAUUGUUUGCUUUCUUUUAUAUUUGAAGUUAAUGAAGUUAUUUUCUAUCUUAUAUAUUUA